AUGGAGCAUUCUCUGAAUCCUUCUAUGGGAAAAACUGUGUCUGAGGAAAGCGGUUGGACUUCUUACUUUGAAGAUUUCUCAAAAGGCAUUGUGGAACAGCAAAGUCAGUGUUCAAGUUUGGGUGGCUCUUCUUUGGUCUCAGAUGCUGCUUCUUGUGCUGCAUGGAAUCUCUCACAUCAGGAUCACCUUGUUUCAUGCUCUUCUAUUAGAGUUAGGGACCCAUCAAAUCUCUCUAAGAAAUUGUGUUUCAAGAAAACAAGAACCAAACAGAUAUCACAAGAUGACCCUUUGGAAGACACUGCUAGCUCCCCUCUCAAUAGUCCCAAGGUAGGAGAUUUUAAUCCAGCUGGAAUGGUUUCCAGGAAGAUUGAUGAUCAACUAGAUGGUUCUACUUCUAGGGGUAAGUUCAAAUCAGAGAAGGUGCAGACAGAUGUUGAGUGUGACAUGAAUUUUAAUGGAAACAAUGUGGAGUGCCCCACAGACCUGAAGAAAAGGGGGCUCUGUCUUGUUCCUUUGUCCAUGUUGGUUAAUUAUUAUGGAUGA